GCACAACAUAUAAUCUCUGCUCUGACGGUCUGCAAAAACUCAGACCGGCACCAUUGUUGAUCGAGCUCAGGCCAGUCUGUAUCUCAAUUACUUAGGCCGGGCCGGCGGUGGUGAUCUAAGAGAAAUGGGUCAUUCUUGGGUUUACGUUCUGAUGGGCUUUCUGUGUUUUACUUCACCAUGUCGUGUUCAUGGCGGCGAUGCUGGUGGCUGGACGGAUGCGCAUGCCACCUUCUACGGAGGUUCCGAUGCUUCUGGAACGAUGGGAGGAGCUUGUGGGUAUGGGAAUUUGUACAGUGAAGGGUAUGGUACAAACACAGCAGCACUGAGUACAGCUCUGUUCAACAAUGGGCUCAGCUGUGGAGCUUGCUUUGAGCUGAAAUGUGUGAAUGCACCAGGCAGCUGCCUCGAAGGCAACCCCUCAAUAGUGGUCACAGCCACCAAUUUCUGCCCUCCCAAUUUGGACCUCCCCAACAACCAAGGUGGGUGGUGCAACCCUCCCCUCCGCCACUUUGACCUCUCUCAGCCCACUUUCCAACAAAUUGCUCAAUACAAAUCUGGGAUUGUCCCUAUCUCCUACCGAAGGGUACCCUGCCAAAAGAAGGGAGGAAUAAGGUUCACAGUAAACGGACACUCAUACUUCAACUUAGUCCUGAUCACCAAUGUUGGCGGAUCGGGUGAUGUCCACGCAGUGUCCAUCAAGGGCUCCAAGACCAAUUGGAUGCCCAUGUCCAGGAACUGGGGGCAGAAUUGGGAGAGCAACUCCUACCUCGGCGGGCAGACCCUAUCCUUUAGGGUAACCACCGGUGACGGUCGCACCGUCGAGUGCAAUGAUGCCGUGCCCCCCGACUGGUACUUCGGCCGAACCUACCUCGGCACUCAAUUCACUUAACUAAAUCAAAAUGAUAUAAUUACCAUAAAUAGUUAUUACUACAGAUAUAAAAGGAUGAAAUAAAAUAAAUGGUUAGUCCGUAGUUGAAUAGAAGGGGGAAUCGAAGGGCUUAUUUUUUAAAAGUGGCUCUCGAUGAUCUGAUACCCCUUUUUGAAACCAAGGUUUUUAGGCUCAUAAAAUUGAACAAUCUAUGUUAGUGUUCGAAUAUCUGUGUUCGUGAUAUUAAAAUGAGACAGAAAUUAUGGACACGGGAGAUGUAUUUUAGUGAUUUGUUUAAUUAUUUGGUACUUUCGAGAGAUGUAUGAAAUUGUUGUCACUUGUUUGUUUGUGAACUCCGUAUGAGGUUGAAUAAAUUAAUGAGUGUGACACUGUGUUAGUGGACUUCUAUGUUUAA